AUGCCUAGGGAUCCACUAAUCGGUAUUGUGGGUAAGCCAUCUUCAGGCAAAUCCACCACAUUAAACUCUUUGACGGACGCAGCUGCGGCGGUAGGUGCGUUCCCGUUUACCACGAUCGAACCUAACCAGGCCACGGGCUACCUGCAAGUGGCCUGUGCUUGCUCCCGGUUCGGUAAGGAAGAUCUUUGUAAACCUAACUACGGGUGGUGCAGUCAGGGCAAGAGACAUAUCCCGAUCAAACUGCUGGACGUUGCUGGGCUGGUGCCUGGGGCCCAUUCUGGUAGAGGGCUUGGGAAUAAAUUCUUGGAUGAUUUGAGACACGCAGAUGCGCUUAUCCAUGUCGUGGACGUGAGUGGCACUACGGACUCCGAGGGCAAGAACACAAGAGGCUACGACCCUUUGAACGAUAUAGUGUGGCUGCAGGACGAGAUUAGACUUUGGGUCGAGGGGAACCUGAAGAAAAGAUGGGGGUCGAUUGUGCGUAGACACACGGCGACGAAGUCUAGCAUAGUGGAUACACUGCAAGCGCAAUUCGGUGGGUACGGUUCGCACGCCCCCAUGAUCCAACGAGCCCUAGACAGGCUAAAGGGGCUGCCACCGCUGGAAAAAUGGGACGACGAAUGGAUCACCCGAGUGGUGAAGUCCUUCAUGAUGGAAAAGUUCCCUACCGUGCUGGGCUUGAACAAGAUCGACCACCCGGAUGCGGAUAAAAACGUUUCCAAGAUCAUGUUGAAGUACCCUGACACCAAGGCUGUGCUGACUAGUGCCGUGACUGAAGUGUUCCUAAGGAAAUUGAAGAAGCAAGGCUUCAUAUUGUACGAGGAGGGCACGGAAUUCGUCGACACGUACGAAGACGAGCCUGACAAACUAAAACCACUGGACGACAAUAUCCUCAACAGGAUCGAAAACAUCAGAGAUUUGGUCCUGUACAGGUUUGGGUCCACAGGUGUCGUCCAGGUGCUGCAAGCAGCCACGGACAUCCUUGGGCUGAUACCGGUGUACACGGUGAAGAACGUUCAGACUUUCACGGGGGGCAACGGAACCAACGUGUUCAGAGAUUGUUUUCUGGUCAAGAGAGGCACCCCCGUCGGCAAGGUUGCUAGAUACAUAAUGGGUGGCGAGGUCACCAUCGCAGCCAUCGAAACUGUGGGCGGCGUAAGAGUCAGCGAAGAGAGUCUUGUCGAGCCUGGCAAAAACGACAUCCUUGGCUUUAAGAUCGCCCCAAGAUCAGCAUAA